UAAAGUAUACAGUGUAAAAUAUUUGCUUUCUUCCCUCUCGGGCGGACACCAAACCAACAUGUGAGUAAAAAAAGGCUAGUGAGUUUUCUUGUUAAAAUGUUCCACAGUAAUGUCAACGACAAUAACAGUCUUUUGGAACGGCUCGUGUAGGUGAGAGUUGGUGUUCUGUACUGCCAGGCCGUGGUGACACCCUCCUAUGUCCGCAGAAUGCUGCGGGCCAGCCAGCUGCUGUUCAGAGAGAUAUCUGGCACUGAUUCUAACCAGACUGUCACUCUCGGGUCAGCCCCUACAAUUUCUGCUGACCAGAUUGGCCUUCAUCAUGAGAUCAUGUCUUUCCAGAGAAAUCCCACUAAUGCCUUCAUUCUGUGAAAGUCGUAUAUAUAGAGGGAAGUUUUCUACACCUCCACUGUGCAGUCCAGCAAAGACUUCACUGUCACAAAGUGACUGCACUGUCUCCUCUCCACCGCCAAACUUGCAGCAGCAGAGACCAUGGAUAUUACCAUUCAGCACCCCUGGUUCAAACGGGCUCUUGGACCUUUAAUUCCAAGCCGUUUGUUUGAUCAGUUUUUUGGAGAAGGUCUUUUUGAAUAUGAUCUCCUGCCUUUGCUUUCCUCGACCAUCAGCCCAUACUACAGGCAAUCUCUCUUCCGCACCGUUCUGGAGUCAGGUGUCUCUGAGGUAAGAUCUGACCGGGACAAGUUUACAAUCUUUUUGGAUGUAAAACAUUUCUCUCCUGAAGAUUUGAGUGUGAAGGUCAUUGAAGACUUUGUGGAAAUUCAUGGCAAACACAGUGAGAGACAGGAUGACCAUGGGUAUAUUUCCCGUGAAUUCCACCGUCGGUACCGCUUCCCAUCCAAUGUGGACCAAGCGGCCAUCACCUGCUCUCUCUCUGCUGAUGGCAUGCUGACCUUCUCGGCUCCCAAGGUCCAGUCCAACACUGACCCCAGCCACAGCGAGAGACCCAUCCCUGUAUCCCGUGAGGAGAAGCCAACCUCGGCUCCUUCUUCUUAGGCUGAACCUGCUGCUAAAGAAGCAUCCAGGCUGUCACACUUCACUUGCAGGCCUCAUUCACAGAGCCAUUACAUAGAUAUCAGUGAAUAUCUAGAAGGGUUUCUCUCUCUUUCUCUUUUUUGUUCUAAUUUUUCUCUUGGAUGGAAUGAGAGGCCGGGUGAGCGGCUAGAGGACUUUGAAGCUGAAGCCUAAAACCUU